UAAGAUGCUUAUGAUUGUUUCUUCUGAUUUGCCGCUUCCUCAGGUACAAAAAUGCUAUGGGAGGAUUGUGGGUUGUAAUGAUAUUGUUUACAUGCUAUAUACUGACUGAAAUUCUGCGAGUUUCAAGUAGCACAUGGUUGAGUUUUUGGACAAAACAGAGCACUUCAGCGAGUUACGGUCCUGGUUUCUAUAUCCUUGUUUAUGCAAUAUUAUCCUUUGGUCAGGUGCUAGUGACGUUGACAAAUUCGUUUUGGUUGAUCACUUCAAGUCUUGGUGCUGCUAAAAGACUUCAUGAUUCAAUGCUAUAUUCCAUACUCAGAGCUCCAAUGCUGUUCUUCCAUACUAAUCCUACAGGACGAGUAAUCAAUAGAUUUGCAAAGGAUCUUGGUGAUGUUGACCGCAAUGUUGCAAGUAUGGUCAAUAUGUUUCUAAGCCAACUGUGGCAGCUGCUUUCAACUUUUGUGCUCAUAGGAAUUGUGAGCACUAUAUCUUUGUGGGCCAUAAUGCCCCUUCUCGUCUUAUUUUACGCUGCCUAUCUCUAUUAUCAGAGCACAUCCCGGGAAGUAAAACGUCUGGAUUCUAUCACCAGAUCUCCAGUAUAUGCACAGUUUGGAGAAGCAUUGAAUGGGUUGUCAACAAUUCGAGCAUACAAAGCAUACGAUAGAAUGGCAAAUAUUAAUGGGAAGUCCAUGGAUGGAAUUGAUAAGAAUUAUAUUAUGGAGGGUAUUUUAGACUAAAGACAUGGGGAUGAGUUUAUUUGAAAG